UUCAAUGACAAAUUUUUCUGACUUUUUGCCGCCAAAGAAAGCUCUACAAAUUUGGGUGAAACACUUCUCGAAAUAACGCUCGAAUGAAAAACCGCACAGGCCUAAAUCUUGGCGAGGUUUUAUUAUAUUUCAGUCAUCUAUCGUACCCAGAUUCUUGACUUAAUAAGCCAUUUUCGAGUUAAGUUGUGCCUCUGUUUUAAAACGAAUCCUCGUGUAAAAACUUUCUUGUGAAAAUAAGUUUGAUUUACAUGAAAAUGAACCAAUAGGCGGAACGUAUUUCCACAUUUCAAAUAGAGGCAAAACGCGGUUAGGUACUGGCCUAAUUAUUGAACGGUUUUGAUUUUUAUUUUUGAGGGCGUGACAGUGAAAACCACUAAUUGUAAAGUUUUGCUCCAUCUAACUCUGUAUCUUUCUUAUUAAGGUUGUGUUCAAGAGAAGUCUUCUUUGUGUGAAAUACAGACACUGCUAGGAACCAAGAACACGGUGCUGGUUACCUGCUGAAAGUCAUGAAGGAAUUAAAAUCCCUUAAGUCCAUGAUCGUUCCCUCUGUUGGAUUGUCCGUUUUAGCUAUAAUUCUCCUUUCAUACUGGAGUUCAACAUUUACAUUGCAUAGACUGGAUGUAAAGUAUGCAGAUGCCUCAGAAAGACAAAUUACCAGGAAAGAGGUAAUGAGAAACUACUGUCUAACGCACUCAUACAAGACAAAACCAGUUGGCAGGGACUUAGAAUUUAUCCUUGUGGACGAUGAAAACAAGAUCAUCUACUGUACAAUUCCGAAAGUGAGCUCAACAACGUGGAAACGAGUUUUAGGGGAUCUUCGUGGACUCGACAAGAACAUACAAAAGAUCCAUAGCAAGUAUUUGUGGCGAUGGUUGUAUCAAUAUACAGAGGAGGAAAGAUUACAACGAGUUGAAACUUAUUUUAAAUUUCUCUUCGUUCGGGAACCCCUGCAUCGCUUGCUUUCUGCUUACAAAGAUAAGUUUAUGAGAAGGGAUAGGAAAUGCAGCGAGGACGCUCGGAACCGAAUCGUCAAAGCAUACCGCCCACAAGAUUAUAAACCCAAUGGAGACUAUAAUGACAUCAACAUCACCUUCGCUGAAUUUAUUCAGUAUUUUUCCAAUGAUGUGCCGCGGAAUGAACAUUGGCGACAAUACGAACAGCUCUGUCAUCCAUGUGUUAUUAACUACGAUUUCAUUGGUCAUUUAGAGACUUUGGAAGACGACGCACCUCUGCUGUUAAAAAUGGUGGGAACUGACGACCGGGUAACUUUCCCGCCAAUCCACAAAUCUACCGGCUCAGAUGAAGUGUUGGAGUACUAUUCCCAGGUUCCCAUUCGGUACAUAACUCGGUUAGGAGAGUUGUACCGCAGUGAUUUUGAAAUAUUUGGUUAUGAUUAUUUGGCUCCGGUACAACCGCUACUCAAUAACAGUGAACAAACAACAAGUUUUAAACAGUAACAAAAUUGCAAUUCCCUUCAAUUCCGACUUUAAGCUAGUACGAAAAAGCUCACUAAGUUGAGCUAUUUAACGGAUAAUGUAACGUUACUCAUCACAAGCGCUAAAAAAAAAAAAAAA